AUGACCGAUCAAUUUGAAAGGAAAAAGGCUACCCGUCGUGGGAACAGAGCAGUUAUAACGAAACACAGUAACGAAGCAAAGGAAUUAUUGGCAAAUGGAGAGAAAAAAUUACAAGUAGUAAAGAAAUUCGUCGAAGAAAUCUUACAGUUGUGCGAAGUUAAAGAAAUAGAAAAUGAGAUUGAAGUAUUCGAGGAACUAAAUUCACGAGUUCUUGAUGUUAAAAGACAAAUAUCCAGGCUUUUUUGCGACGAUACGGGAAAAGUACCUAUUCACGAUAUAUCUAUACCUGGUCAAAAUACUCCGCAAGUAGAAAUAACGGAUGUAGAUGAAAUUUCCUCUGAAAGUAAUGUCAAUGAUGAAACAAUAAACGAACAGAACAAUGUUAAUCCAACCCAAAAUCCUACACCUAGUAACCCAACCUUAAUUCACCCAGACCCUAGUAGUCCAGCACCCAGUAGUCAAUCAAGUCGAAAUUACGUCAUAGGUUAUGGUGCAAAAACGAAGCUUCCAAAGUUAACUUUAGCCGGGUUCAGAGGAGAAAUUAAUGAAUUUCAACCAUUUUGAGAUAGUUUUAAAAAUGCUGUCCAUAAGAAUACAAGUUUGUCAAGCAUUGACAAAUUUAAUUACUUAUAUUCUUGUAGGAGGGUUCAGCAUUACUGGUUAUUAAGGAGUUGGCUUUCACUGAAGAAAACUAUAAAGUUGAAAUAGAUUUUCUCAAACAACGUUAUGGGAAUACACAAGUUGUCUUAUCCACCCACAUGGAUGAAAUGUUAAAACUUCCCGAUUAUUCGACUGGAAAGGUAGGCGAUCUUCGAAGAGUGUAUGAUAAAAUAUUAGUUAACGUAAGAGGGCUUGAGUCCCUUGGAGUAAAAUCGUAACAGUAUGGUAGUGUACUUAUUCCAAUUAUCAUGUCAAAACUACCACCUGAGUUACGAAUCCAUGUUGUAAAAAGACUGCCAGUGAACUUUGGAAAAUUGACAAUAUUCUGGAAAUUAUUCGAAAAAGAGGAAGUGAAAGCAUGCGAGAUCAGUGAGAGUGUUCGUACAAACAAUUCUAGUUUUAAUGACAUUCGCAAGCAAAAUGAAGUAUGGAAAACCAAUCGACGUCGACUGCGGAAUUACAGCUCAUCUUCGGCAAGUCUAUUUAUUAAAGAUGGGAAAAAUGAGCGAAAGAUAAAAUGUGUCUAUUGUGGAUAAUAUCAUUAUUCAGCAUCGUGCGAACAUGUGAAAGAUGUGGCUGAUCGAAAGGGCAUUUUAAGAGAUCAGAAAUGUUGCCAUUUAUGUUUAGAAGGUGGUCAUUGUGCACAUAAAUGUGAAAAUGGCAGACUCUGUCGUUGGUGCAAUGGCAAGCACCAUCAAUCUAUUUGUAUUAAAGCUACCAAAACACUUCGAAAGAUCAAUCCUGAAGAAUCAACAAACCAGAAGCGAAAGAAGAGAAAAAAUAAACGCUGA